CAAUAGGUUUGCACUGAGGCUGCUCUCCACGCGGGGGCAGCCGCGUGCUAAAUCUCUCAUUGGUCUCAACUGUUUACGCCAACCAAUAGCAACCCUCUGCGUCGGAACCGUUACUUCCGGGUGUCUCCAAUGAGAAAAUCCUUUUAGUUUUGAUGCUUUUUCUGUAUUCAAAGGAAAGCUAAAGGCUAGGGGCCGGGAAAAGUUCAGAAGAUGAACAGAAUAUUCGGACGCGGAAAACCGAAAGCGCCUCCGCCGAAUUUGUCGGACUGUAUCGGGAAUGUGGAUGCCAGAGCAGAGUCCAUAGAGAAGAAGAUUAGCAGACUAGACGCUGAACUCAUGAAGUACAAGGAUCAGAUGAAAAAGAUGAGAGAUGGGCCCUCGAAGAACAUGGUGAAACAGAAGGCGAUGAGAGUCCUGAAGCAGAAGAGAAUGUAUGAAGGCCAAAGAGAGCAGCUGGCUCAGCAGUCUUUUAACAUGGAGCAAGCAAACUACACCAUCCAGACGUUAAAGGACACCAAAACAACAGUGGAGGCCAUGAAGAUUGGUGCAAAGGAAAUGAAAAAGGCUUACAAGGACGUCAAACUUGAUCAGAUUGAUGAUUUACAGGAUCAACUGGAGGACAUGAUGGAGGACGCCAACGAGGUACAGGAGGCCCUGAGCCGGAGCUACGGCACUCCAGACAUAGAUGAGGACGAUCUUGAAGCAGAGCUGGACGCACUGGGCGAUGAGCUGCUGCUGGAUGAUGACAGCUCCUACCUGGACGAGGCCUCAGCUGCCCCGUCUAUUCCCGAGGGGAUCCCCAGUGAUGGCAAGACAAACAAGGAUGGUGUUUUGGUGGAUGAGUUCGGCCUGCCGCAGAUCCCCGCCUCAUAAACAGAGGAUGGAUUAAAGCAACUGCACUUCAACUGAAAACACUUUUAUAUGUAGAGUAACAUUUAUACAUGCAAACCGUUCGACCUGAGAACACUACGACUUUGAGGCUGUGUUGGGUUGCGUAAUUGUUACCACUACCGUGCUAGCAUGUGGCCUUGUAACAUAAUUGAACCUUUUUUAAAAAAACGUUAUUCCCCUUUUGUCCCUUCUGUCCCCCUAACAUUCAUCAGUUCCGUUCAUCGCCAGUGUUACUGAGUAAUAAUUUAUUUUUAUUUGUUUUGUUUUCAUUCUAGUUUUGUGUGUUGUUUGGUCAUUACCAUUUUGUUUGGGUUCUCAAAAGUGGAGAUGAUUCCCACUGAGCUUGCUCCAUUGUGUGCAGGUUGUUGGAAACAUGCAAAAUAAAUAAUGUUUUAAUUUAAUCUUA